AUGCAAGAUUGCAUUAAAUGGACACAGACGGUAGAUGGGACCGACAACGUUCGACCGCAGAUUAACAGCAUCGCCUACAGCCCAUCUGGCGAUUACUUGGUGGCCGCGUGUGGGCUGCAGGUGCUGGUGUACGCAGCCUCCACCGGGGCCCUCUUGUACUCUCUCAAAGGCCAUGAAAACACCGUGUAUUGUGUGGAUUUCAUGUCUGAUGGCCAGCGUUUUCUGAGUGGUGGGGCGGAUAUGACAGUGAUCAUCUGGACGAACAAGUUCGAGGGUGUCCUCAAGUUUCGCCACAAGGCCUCAAUCCAAGCCCUCGUCGCGAACCCUACGGGUCCGAAGAUUGCGUCGAUCUCGUGUGUGGAUUGGGCCGUAUGGGGGCCAUCCAUGGGUAAGGUGGUGAAGCACCGGCUCCAGUCAAAGGGCCUAUGCGGGGCAUGGACCGCUGACGGCCAGACGCUGGCAAUUGGCAUGAUCGACGGGACUAUCAUUACGAUCGGGAGCGACGAAACGGAGAAAGUGCUAAUUCGACGAAAACAUCCAAUCUGGGCCCUCGGGUUCAGCUCUUUACGGGAGAAUGGUGCCGAUGUGCUCGCCGUUGGUUCCUGGGAUCAAUGUCUGUCAUUUUAUAACCUGAAUGGCACGGCCAUUGGCAAGGAACACGACCUUGAGUUUGACCCCUGUUGUAUCUCUUUCUACGAAAAUGGGGAGUAUCUCAUACUGAGCGGCAGCGAUCACAAGGUUUCAUUGUACACUAAGGAUGGGAACAACCUUAUAACCCUAGUAAAUGCAGAUAGCUGGGUAUGGUGCGCUCGACAACGGCCCAAAAGCAACCAAAUCUGCUGUUCUACAAGCGAUGGUACUAUUAUCUGUCUGGAGGUCACCACAAAACCCCUUCAAAGCAUCUAUCUGGAUCAGUUUGUCUACCGUGAGGGUAUGACCAAUGUGGUGGUGUACCAGCCCUCUCUUGAUCGUAGGAUGGUCAUUCCAUGUAAUAAUUACGUGUACAAGCUCGCAACCUUCCGCGAUCGGCUAGCAGUGCAAUUUAAGGACCGUAUUGUCGUUUUUGAACUUUUCUAUGAUGACGAACGCAGUAUGCGUUAUCAAGAUAUCGCUCAGAUCCGUAGGAAUCUGGAAUGUAAGAUGAUGUGCGUCACGGGACAUUCCAUUAUUUUGUGCAAGGAGUGCAGGAUAACGAUGUACGAUUUUGAGGGCAACAAGCGCCGCGAAUGGGUGGUUGAUAGUGUGAUUAGCUUUAUCAAGGUAGAUGGUAGUCCGGAUCACCCUGAGGCGCUUCUCGUUGGCCUUGAAAGUGGACAAGUGAUGAAGAUAUUCAUCGACAAUCCUUUCCCCAUGACGCUUCUUACGCUUGAUGCACCCAUUCGGCAUUUGGACCUGAGUAGCAGCCGCAUGAAAAUUGCUGUUGUAGACGCCAAUAGACUACUUCGAGUCUUCGAGCUUGGAAACAAAGAGGCCUUGCUUUUUUCAGAGCCCAAUACAAGCACAGUCGUCUGGUGCACAGAGAAUGAUAAUAUGAUUGCAUACACGACGGGAACCAACACUCUAAACAUCAAAACUGACACGCUCCCAGCCUAUCAGCAGACGGUGCAGGGGUUCGUAGUUAGCUUCAAGGCAAAUCGAGUCUAUACUCUCCAUGGAAACAACAUCAUGGCUAUAGAUGUGCCACAUGCAAACGCGCUCUAUCGCUACAUUGAGGCAAAAGACUUUGAGUCGGCUUAUCGAAUUGCACGUUUGGGGAUAACGGAGAGUGAUUGGAAGAUGCUUGGUCUGCAUGCCAUGUCUGCGCUCAAGCUUGACAUCGCUCGAAAUGCCUUUACUCACAUUCAUGAUACCAAAUUUGUUGAACUAUUAAGCACACUGGAGUUGUCUCGUCGACAGCAGAAGGAAAUCGAUGCGAAAUCCGGCAAGGAUGAGGUGGAUCAUAAAAAUGUUCUCAUAGGUGAUGUGUUAGCUUUCCAGGGGAAGUUUCAGGAGGCCGCGCGGCAGUAUGUAAAAGCUGGAUGCGAAGAUCGUGCUAUUGAAAUGUUUUGUGAUUUGAAGAUGUGGGAAGAUGCACGAAGGGUAUGUAGCGAUGAUCGACACCUGAAGGAUCUUAUCAGCCAGCAGGCACUCUGGGCUGAAGAAUCGAAGAACUACACAGAGGCUGCUUUUCUUUACGAAACCUGUGGUGACUACGCCAAGGCCAUUCACAUGUUGAGUCAGGCUAAAGAGUUCGAAAAGCUCAUGAAAAUCUGUCGCUCCCUCCCCAAGAGUGAGGUUGCCCUUAUUACACAGUGUGCCGAGUGUUUCAAGAAGAAUAAGGCAAUUUCCUUUGCUAUAGAAGCAUACGAAAAGGUUAAUGAUAAUCACGCUUUGAUCCAAAUAUAUGUCGAGAUGGGAAAUUGGAAAAGGGCUUUUGCGGUUUUCGAAAAAUGUCCGCAGUACGCUCGUGAGGUCUACGUCCCAUGGGCUAACUGGUUGGCAGAGAAUGACAAGUUCGAGGAGGCGCUUGAGGCCUUUCGCGCCGCGAAGUGGCCGAAGGAGACGGUGCGUAUGAUGGAAGUAUUGGCCUCCAACAGUGUCACCUGCCGCAAGUUCCGUGAUGCCGCAUUUUACUACGUCCAUCUUGCCAACGAGUAUGGGCAGUUCGAAGAUGGCGAACAUCCCAGCGAGGUGCAGAUGGCAAGUCUCAUUAAGCAAGGCAAUGAAUGUAUCCGACGUGCCGAUAUGUACUAUGUGUACGCCACCAUAUAUACCCACAUGGUGCAGCCAUUUCCGUACAACGAAAUUCGUCUCUACCGCAUGUCGCGCUACUUGCUCGCCAUGGCAAGUGAGGGGGUUAUUCCGAUGAACAUUGGUAAGGCAGAAAUCUUGUGCACCUUGGCUCGCACGGCAUGCCGUCUGGAUAUGGUACGCACCGCGCGUGCUGUUUUUGAGAAGCUGCACUCUGUGAUACUGGCCCCACCGAUACUAGAGCAGGUCAACAUCGAAACCCUUCUGGCGCGUUGCAAGAGGUACGCCGAUCGGGAUGAGCUUCUAGAUACUUGCUUUCGUUGCAAGCAUGUUGUACCGCAGCUGACGGAUCCUGGUGACCGUUGCCCAAACUGCUACCACCCUUUCGUUCGUUCGUUUGUUAACUUUGAGGUGUUGCCACUCGUCGAGUUCACCCUCUCGAAUGACUUGACGGAUGAUAUGGCAGAGAAUUUGAUUCGCUCCGACCUUGGAGCCGGCACUUUGAACCUAGGGGGCAAAUCUGCUCGGGAUCACCAGGAUCAGUGGAAUAAGGCCACUCUCAAUGGAACUAGUGAUGGUGGUCCUGUUCAAACUGGCAAGGAGUGGCGCGAUGAUUCCGGCGCCAAUGUCAUCAAUUUUGAGAGCGAAAACAUUGAUUACGAAAUAGACAAUCAGUUGGUAGCGAUGGGAAAGGCCAAGGCAGCAGCCAACAAGGGUAAUGAUCCCUUUUUCACACAACUGCAGUAUGUGAUGCGUUCUAAUCGUGUGAAAGGUGAAUACCAGCCCUUUGUCGCCAAUGCAAGUCUCAUCAAAUCGCUGAAGCGGGAGGAGAUUUUUAUUGUGAAUCCACGUUACGGCGUCUUGCCUGUGCCGAAUCGCUACUAUCGAUUGGUGGAGCUCAACAGGGGCAUAAAGCUCUGUAAGGGUUGCCAGCAUUUCUUUCUUGCGCGAGAUUAUGAAUACCAAUGCAUGAAAGGCUCCGGCUGUCCGCUCUGCCGCUACAACCCUGCAAAGCAAAUCGGUCUUUCUCUCAGGGAAGUGAUGCAAGAAAUCGAAGAUAUGCGGCUUUAG